AGCAACUGGUUCAGCCAUUAUACCUUUGUUGUUAGUCGUCUAGACUACAAUGGCUGCCUCAUCUCCAGUUAUUUUAUGGCCUGGCAGUGGCACUUGGGGCCGAAAAUCGAGCUACGGCGUGCAUGGAAGCCUGGCGCUGGGUGACAGUGACAAACUCGUCACUCGACGUUUCUCAACCAGACGAUACCAGCCUAAGCAUUGUCCUAUUCCGUUGUGUCCACCCAAUGAAGGGUUUUGUCGAUUUGCACCGGAUUGGCAGACAUGUGAUACGAAUGAGAUUGGUGUGCCAUCUGUCGUGACUCUGUCCGAAUAUCAGAUACGCAACUUUGAGAAUGAUAACCCGGACAGCUACAUACCCAAGUAUCUUCUUGAGGAGCACUUGAAUGAGGAAUACAAAACACAGCGACACCACCGCAACAACAUGGACAAGGAACGUGGCUCGCUGGCGUAUGUACCGCUUGAUCGCUCGUCAACAGUGGGCCCCAGCGACUCGGAUGAAUCAUCGGUGUGCGUUGGCUGCCUAGUGCAUGCUACUGGCGCAGAUCUGACGGAGUUAGAAUGCAACCAGUUGAUGGUUUCUUCUACGUUUGGCCAGCAGCAGGAUAGUUCAGAUCAUGGUAGAGAAAGAAGAUCUUCUGAGAGUAGCAAUAGUGGCGACAGCGGUGAUGAAACCCUUUGUGCAACUUCUACAGCUGUUGGGUGUGGAUUUGCUGUACGCCCUGAUAGCCGGUACACUCAUCUGCAGCGUGUCCGACAAGUAUUGGCCCGGAACGUGCGUGGACAUGGUGUUGUCGGUGCAAUGAUGAACAACAGGACCGCUUUCUACCAGAUUAAUCCAGGUGAUGCUGAAGAUGGCGAUGUGUGGAUGAGUCCGUAUGCCGUGGUUGAGUCUUCGGAACCCAACUCAGCUAUGGAUGUCAGCCCGCACAUCUUCGGCGAGGCAAUGCUCCUAGGUGAGGCUGGUUCGUUUGGCCUGUGGAAUGCUGAUCACGGAUUGUGUCCACUGCGCGCUGCACUGCAUUCACCCACGGACUCUGAGUGUCACCUGUGGAAGUCGUGCAGCUUCACCGCUCACCCCAGAUUAGCUUACCUGGCGGGGACCAAAGAGGUCACCAUCUUCGACAUGAGGAGCGCUCCCCGUGCCGACACGACCCUGUUCAGUGUCGCGUCGUCUCCAUCUCUGCAUCGCUCUGAGUGUGUGUCCGCCAUGCGACAGCACCCCAGCAUGGACUUUCAGCUCGUGCUCGCAACCAAGCAAACACUAGUGCUUCUUGACCAGCGAUAUCCAAAGACACCUGUACUGGAGUGGGACUACCCCUGGUCGACAGCCCCGCGGUUUCUAUCACUGGCCACUGUCGAUACAUCCCUAACAAACACCGGUCAUAGUGCACCGACUGCCGGCAAAGAUCACAUUGCAAUGCUGUCAUCAUGCACACGACCGCAGUCAAUGCUCUACCACUUCACAGACGGCCAGUCCUCAAGCUCUUUACCUGACCCUCUCAUUAGUGGAGGUGGGCGACACUCCAUGGCAACCGGUAGCCAAUCAGAGUCUAGUGGUGUUGUUCCGGCACCCUGGCAACGUGUCGGCUGUCCAGUUCAACAUCGCCGUGGUGGCAGACUGCCGUGCGUCAAUGUAGGCCAGCUACCCAUGGCCCUGGGCAACUGCAAUGUUUUCCCUCGCUGUAUGUCAUCUCCACCAGCGCUCAACGGCGGUGUGCUGCAGAGACUAGACUCGGCCGUGUGUGGCAACGCUCUCGUCACUAACCUAUCUAGCCGUGGCCAAGGCACGGGCACGUUUCUCACCUUGCAGAUGACGGAAUCCGGUGACGUGUUUAGUCAGCUUGUCCAGCCGGUAGCGGCGGCGGAAAGUGAACGUUGCAGUGGCCGCUCGUCUCCUGCCCACAUGGACGAGGUGUUUUUCAACUCCCAGCGUCGGCGUCAGCAGCGAGGAGGACACGCCAGUACGGCUGGCGCGGGCGACGAUCAUGACAGUGAUGGGUCGUCAUCGGAUAGGAGCAGUACUGAAGACGGCGCCGACUCCAGCGUGCGUGACCUGCUUGCGAGGACGCUGGACGCUUCGUGUCAAGAGGACUGCCGAUCGUGGCUGCUCCACGCCAAGGCUCACCACCGAAAACACCAACCUGAACGGCUGGUCCAAGCGCCGUACGACCUUGAGGACUUCUUGCUACUUCGACAAUAUCUCAACACGGAGGAUGCUGCCAGUAAACCGUUGUGCAUCGCCUGUUUCCACGAUGCUCUGCCCGUCGUACGCGGGGACAGCUCCUUUAAACACCGGAAAGUGAACGAAGCCCUUGUGACAUCGCGCGGUAUCCGAACGCGACGUCUGCACAAGGGUGUGCGCAAGAGCAUCCACAAGUGGCGCAAAGAAGCGCUCGAGGAGGGUAGCGGCGUUGCUCCAACGUGCUCCGUGUGUCGCCAGCCCACCGGCCUGGGCAUCAAGGAAGUGCUGCAUGACGAGCGCUGGUAUCGCCUCUGCACCGACCGCCGGCAACUCUCCGUCGACAGUCACGCCGUCCAGACCCUGGCACGGCAGCAAGAGACGGAGAGUACGGCGGACGAUGUCCGGCCAUCGCCGUACGCCGCGCCCAGCCACAGCGGCAGCAGUACGCCGACGAAGAAGCGCGCCCAGCGUGCCAGCGGUGCGCGGGCCAAUGCCAGGCUAGCUGGACAGGUUGCCAAGCGCCUAUCGUGCCAGUACUUGCCACACGACCAGCAACAAGAGGAGCAGCAAGAACAAGAGUCAGUCCAAGGCGACUGUGAACCAAGCCAAAACCUGGCUUCCGAGGAGGAGAGUGGAGAGCAGCGACACUUGAUGGACAUCAGCGAGGAAGAUUAUGAGCCCCUCAGCCGUGGUGAGGAAACGGACACUGAGCGAGAGUGCGAUGGAGUGCAGCAGUCAACGCCACGGCCUCCCGCAAACGACGCUGAUCUCGAGGUGGUCGAGCCGAGUGCGAAACGAGUGCGACAUCGUGAUGCCGGUGAUCUGCAUGUACUUUCGCCGGUGGCAUUCCGCCAACGCACGUCCUCAUCGUCGCAAGACACGGCUAGCGCCGGGCAAGCGGCGUGGCAAGGUGGAGAGGUCGCACAGCCACAGUACCCGCUUGGCGCCGCAAUGCACGUGCUCACACGCAGCAAACCAGUCGACGACGCCAUGGACAUGCUCGCACAGAGCGGCGGCGCGGACCGGCGCGGCCGACCGAAGCCGAAGGCUAUUCCUCUGUCCCAGCAGGCGCUUCUUCCGCCGUCGAGCGACCUGCCGAAAUGUCGCAAGCGGCAAGUGGCACAGCGGCACUGGGCGCGAGGUUUGCGAGAUUACCUUUUGGCGGAGCGGCUGAAGAACAAGAUCGGCGACAAGCAGAAGCACCUGUUCUCACAGCUCUCACAGUCGUUGAAGUCCGCAUCGGGUCUGGACUUCGACAACCUGCUGGAGGGCCAGGCGAGUGAGUUUGUGGUGGUGAAGAAACCGCGCAAGUCACGCAGUCGUCUCACUCGGAGUAUGUGGUGCGAUUGGUCACGAUGGAGUGGACAACGCCGAGGCUGGAGGGAGCUUCAUCUGGCUGCGAUUCCCAGACGCAAGCCAAUACGUUUGGUAUCUACUGCCGAUACUGAGGACACAAGCAACUCUACUGACGAGGGACACCCAGCGGUUCAUGGCAAAGGAGCAGCUCAAGCAGCAUCUGCAUUGUACAGCAGUAGCUUAACCCGUUCAACAUCCACAGGUGGCAGUAGCGCUAGCAGCUCUGUGUCAAGUAACGCCUCUUCUCCCCGCCGCGGAACCAGCCAGGCAACGUCGGCGAAUGGCAGAAUUAAUAUCGGUGUGAGCCAUGGUCAAGUUGCAUUCCCAGUCUCAACUGGACUUGGAGAAACACAGUCGCACAUGCCCAGUUUGCUUUCCAGGCAGACUGAUGACGUUCUGCUGCUGGCCUCGUCAGUUCCGUUUGCUCUUCCUGAAGAGCGCCCGCCAGUAUCGCCAGCUUCUACAAGCCCAGGGCAGGCGUCCCGACGCUUGCGAUCCUCCGCUCGUGCCCACGGCUCUGAAGCAAGCUCACCAGGAGGUGACAGUGUGCAGCCUCGAGGAGCUCCUCCGCACCGGAUGAAUUCAGCACGGGCAUCGUCAACGGCUUCUCCCGCUUCUCUGCCCGUUUCCCGGGGUUUAUUCUCCGACCAGGGAUCUAAGGAGAGUGCGCCCUUCAAUGCAGCACAUCUGUCUGAGACAAGCAAUCAUGCUGUCUGCCAUCCUGACCUGCUGGGAGCUGGUAGUCCGCUUCAACGGGGUCCUACAACCCCAGGGCGGGGCCGAACGGCCGAGCAACAUCACCAGGACAGCAUGACAUCCACUCUGAGCCACGUGGCUGCUAAACAGGGUCAUAAGCCUCCAGUGCACAGCCAACAAACUCCACAGCAGGAUCCUGGGGACGGCAUAGGAAGAACGCCAAGUCAUUCUUCGGCCGUUUUGAGCAGAUCUUCGCAGAUGUCUCCCAAGCGAAAGCAUUCCUUUCCAAUCCACCUGUCCGUGCCCGUCUGGACCUCGCCCAGAAAACACUAGUGUGUGCGUGUGUGUGUGUGUGUGUGUGUGUGUGUGUGUGUGUGUGUGUGUGUGUGCGUGUGCGUGCGUGUGUGUGUGCGUGCGUGUGUGUGUGCGCGUGCGUGUGUGUGUGUGCGUGUGUGUGCGUGUGCGUGUGUGCGCGUGUGUGUAGGGGUGGGCGUGCACGUAUAGGGUGUCUAUGUGUAUGCUGUCUACAUGUGUGCACGCGUAUAUAUUGUGUGCCGGUGUGUUUCGGCCUUACAUGCUGCAGUACAAGUUGCUGAACCUUGCUUCUUCCCCGACAGCACAGUGCAGCACUUCAUGCAGCAUACAUACAGCCAAUAAUCUGCAGUUAAGUUAUCAUGAAAAUCAUCUAUUAAUUUAUUGUACUUGUAAAAGUACAUUUUAUCUUUAUAACAUAGUAUAAGUAGUGCGAAAUUUAGAUCAUACUUUGAAGUAGACCAUUUGAUGAGAAGUUGUUUAUAUCUAUCCUUUCAACUCCACUGAAUCCCGUGGCCUAUCAAUUUAUCAAGGCGUUAAACGAAUUAGGUCUGUAGCUGAGACCUGGACAAUGCUCUAGUGUCUAGCUUUUUUUAUUUUCUUUGCUCAUCAAGGUGGUGCGACAGACUCUUUCUGAU